CACUCAUUCAGGUGGCAUUAAAUGAGGCAAAAGCUGCUGAUGAUAUGGCUGCCAGUCUGGAGCUUAAAAAGGGGGCAGCUGUGGGGAGAAAGGGUGGUUUGUUUUGGUUGUGGUUUUUCUGGAGAGAAGGGCUAAAGCAACUUGUAUUGAUUGACGCUGGAAUGUCUGCACGUGAGAAUGAAAACACAAGGCUCCCUCUUGUGUCAAAGAAAACGAAAUCAGCCAUGGCUGGUCUGCAGUUCCCUGUGGGCCGGGUCUACGGGCACCUUAAGAGAGGCCGCUACUCUGACAGGAUCAGCCCCGGUUCUGCAGUCUACAUGGCUGCAGUGCUGGAAUACCUGACUGCGGAGAUCCUGGAGCUGGCAGGAAAUGCUGCACGGGAAAACAAGAAGGCCAGGAUCCUGCCCCGACACAUCCAGCUGGCUGUGAGAAAUGAUGAUGAGCUGAGCAAGCUCUUCUCCUGUGUGACCAUCGCUCAAGGAGGGGUGCUACCUAAUGUUCUUCCUGAGCUUGUUCCUAAGAAGACAGUGACACUUAAGCCACCCCACAAAAAUGGCCAUUCGCAGGAGUUCUAGCUGUUGCCACACACCCAGCUUGUGUUGCUGUUGCUGGUUCUUUUCCCCAGCCCAGUGCUCUGCAUAUUUUUUGGUCUAUAUUUGUAUGCCUAUCUAGGUGGGUGGCUGAAAGGUGUUUAAGUUUCCCUAUCAACAUUCUUCAGAAGAAAGAAGUCGGACUGCUUUUAUGAAUAACUGUGAAAAGGACUCGACCUUAUGCCUUUCCAUGAAGUAUUUGCUGCAUCAAACAGAUGGUCUUCUUUCCACUACCUGUUGCCUUUAAAGCAGAUGGGUGGGUAGCUGGAAUCUCCUUAUUCAGUGCGUGAAAGUCUGCUUCAUCUGACAGCACCUGAGAAACUUCAUCUGGGCUUGUUCACGGUGAUGGUAAAGCUGAUGAAUUAUCUAAUACUGGAAUGAUGAAAUAGUGUUGUGCUGUAACUUCAGCAUCACCACAUGUGCAUUGGGCUGAGGAUUGUGUUUGGCAUUGUCUCCUUGGUCUCUGCAUUCAGAGUGCCAUCUCAGGAGCCUUCUAUACACUGUGUAUAAAUGUUGACAGCAAUUCAGCCUUAAGGAUAUGUAAAGUUGUUUUAAGAGUGAUUCUAAUAAAACUCUCCUUAGUCUC